UAAUAGUGAUUUAGUCAGAGCCCAGUAAACAAGACCUGUGAAAUUAUUACUGCCUGAAAAUGUAUUUUGUCACACCACUGAGAUCGCUUAUUGAUCAUUCGAUCAGUGAAAUAUUUGGGGAGUUUGAGAAAAGGAUUGCGGAGUACGAGGAGGAGAUUUCACGUCUAAAGAAGGAAAACGAUCUGCAAAGGAAGAAACUGGACGCUAUUUAUAAAUCUGGAAUACAGAUUAACGGAUUAGACCUCCAGCAGCUCUUGGCUUCUGAAAAGGAGGUUCCCUUGGUGAAGCAGGAAUGGAGCCCCAGUGGGGGCCAGGAGGCAGCAGAACCCCCAUGCAUCAAAGAUGAAGAGGAGGAACUUUGGACCAGUCAGGAAGAAGAGCAGCUUCAGCGACUAGAGGAGGCUUGUAUAACCAAGUUUCCAUUCACCAUCGUCUCUGUGAAGAGUGAAAAUGAUGAAGAGAAACCUCUGUCCAUACAGCUUCGUCAAAGCCAAACAGGGGAGUACAGAGUGGUGGAGCCCCCAGCCAGCACCUUAACCGAAGAGAUGAAAACUGAACCUGAGGGAGAGAAAUGUGGACUAUCAAAACUAGUCAGUAACCGUGAUCAAGAUGAUGAUUUAGAAAUAAGUUAUGGUCAGCCCCUUUCUUCAGACUCCAGUCAAAGUGAGGCUGGAGAUGGUAAUGAUGGUUAUAGCAUGACUAGAGAGCCACAGUCAAGUUUGGACACAACAGACAACACGGAAAAGAAUCAUCAGAGAUCUCUUCAGAAGAAAACUUUCAGUUGCUGUGUCUGCGGUAAAGGGUUUUCUAAAAGAGGACGUGUGCAGAGACACAUGAGAAUACAUACAGGAGAGAAACCCUUUAGUUGCGCGAUCUGCGGUAAAGCAUUUUCUCAAACAUAUAACUUGUACACACAUAUGAGAAGACAUACAGGGGAGAAACCUUUUAGCUGCUCAGACUGUGGUAAAGGGUUUUCUGAAAAAAGAGAUAUGGAGAGACACAUGAGAACACAUACAGGAGAGAAACCUUUUAGUUGCUCAGUCUGUGGUAAAGCGUUUUCUCGAAAAACUCGUUUUCAAACACAUAUGAGAAUACAUACAGGGGAGAAACCUUUUAGCUGCUCAGACUGCGGCAAAGGGUUUUCUAGUAGAGCAAAUAUUCGGAGACACAUGAGAGUACAUACAGGAGAGAGAUCCUAUUUUUGCUCUGUCUGUGGGAAGAGCUUUGCUGCAAGAGAUGAUAUGGUGAAACACAUGAGAACACAUACAGGGGAGAAACCUUUUAUUUGCCAUGUCUGUUGUAAAGCUUUCGCCAGAAAAUCAUGUCUGACUAGACACUUGAGAAUACAUACAAAGAACCUUGAGGAGUCUUAAAUAAAGGUCUCAAUCAAAAGACCAGUCUGAGGAAGCACAUGACAUAUCACAGAGAACAAAACGAGAUUGCUUGUCUCUGCUUGUAGAAACAAAAUUGUUCACUGUGCCAUGAUCAGAUCAUCAUAUGAAUCUGUGUACAUUGGACUUACAGAAAGGUCAAAGUGGAGCCUAAAGUGGAUGCAGAAUAUCAAAUUGUUGGAACGUAGAACAUUUUACAGUUAAUUAGGAUGAGCCUGCAAUUAAUUCAUUCAGUUUAACAUAAAUUCUGUUCUUGACAAUGAACAUAUAUUAGAUGCCAAUUGGUGUAUAUUAAUCAAGUAUCUACUCAAUUUGUGAUUAUUUCUUCAAGUGAAUUAAAGUUACUCUACUCAUUAAAUCAUCCUAACCUGUUCAUGUCAAAUCCAGGACAAAUAAAUGGUACAGCUCCAAUGCGAUUUUGCUAUUCCCAGGAAACCUGAUUCAUUUGCAUGUCACCAGUAUGAUUUUUUUUGUUUUAUAAAAUGCAUUAUUGUCUAUAAAACCUAAACCCACCCUGUUUGAUAUUGUGUUUGAAAUAGAAAAGCAACACUUGUGUCCAAGAAAUUGAAUUUGUGAGUUGAGAUUUUGUGUAAAAAGUAGAAAUAAUUUUUUUAAACAAAAUCUCAAUUUUCAAAAUACACCCACAACUGCAGACUGGCAAUUCUGACAGUCAUCCUGGCUGGCGUUCAUUCCCUGGGACAGUGAUUUUUUUUUUUUGUUUUUUUUUUUUUAGUUUUGAUAUACGUGUUAGUUUAGAUAUACCAUGUGUUAGUCAGUAUGUGUGUUCUUGAAGUUCUUGUAGUUUUUGGACAUGUGUUUUUGUCUUUGUAUUGCACUGCUGGGGGAAACGAUAUUUCGUUUCAUUUCAUGUACUUCUGGACAUGAAAUGAAACGACAAACUGUUCCUGAUUCCUGAACUACAACCCCAACCCACUGCCCAACCACCCUGCCCACAGACCCAUACAUUAUCCCCCACCACACUCCCACCCCGCCUGGUAUCCGACCCAAAAUAAAAUGAAUUAAAGUAAACCAUAAAAAAGUAAACAAGUAACAAGCAUAAAUUAAACGAACUAAAGAAAAAGAGAAAAAUUAACUAAUAAAAAAGAAGCACGUCUAUGUGGGCUCUUCCCCACGGCCUGUUAUUGUUCAUACAGACCAUAACCCCUUGGUAUUUUUACACCGCAUGUACAACAACCAGAGGCUGAUGCGUUGGGCUCUAGUGGUCGAGAACUACAACAUAGGAAGUCGUCGAUGCCCUCUCACCUAGUUACAGUGAAUAACUCCUAUGGGAUUAUGUCUUGUUUUGUUUUCUGUACUAAUUUUUCUGUUUCACGUCCUUCCCCAGACUGAUUGCUUAUCACCUGUGUGGUCUGGGGGCGGGUCUAUACAAGUUGAUCUUUUUGUUCAGUUCUCUCUCACUCUACAGCAGCAACCUGAUGUUUCGGUUCAUUUGUUUGGUGUGAUUUCUGCUCAUUUAUUUUGGUUAAUAAACCUUUUUCUUUAAUGC